AUGCCACCCUCAACACAUGCUUCUGUUGUCUACGCUGAACAGCUAUCCCGACUUGGCUACUGUUAUCCUCUGUGGGACCCUGAACCUACCCAGUUUGGGGAGGUGCUUCUUGGAGACGUGGGACAUAUAUUCGAGGGUCAAUUCUUCCGGAUCUUCAACGCCACGCGGGGGACGGACGACAGGGUCAACGAACGCGGUGUUCAAGAUGGUUACAUCCCAUUGCACUUUGACCAAUCUGAUGUCCACCGACAUGAGAAUUACAUACCGGGACCUCUGUACAGCACAAACGUGAGGCGGACAGACACUGGUGGCCCGGGAGAGACGGUAGGCAAAGAGUUUACAGAUGCCUGCCGAUUUCGGUGUGACAACAGCCAAGGUGCAGUUCUUCUGCUGAAGGAGUCAGCCACAUACGAGGAGUUGUCAAUACCAAGACGGAUCGCCUACUAUACCAAGAGAAAUAUCAAGAACUGGCUCGCAUUUGCUCGAGACAGUUUACAGCUGGAUCUUGCACUCGAGAACAUCAUCUCUGUGUACGGUUGCGUUAAGACUGCGGACUGGGCCCUUGCGGCAUUUUUUGAUGGAUCGGGCUCCGCUGAGCUAACCUUCCGAGGAUUUGGUGCACCUGCGGCAGCUGCAUUCUCCGUUGGCGACACCUGUUUUUCAACGUCACCAGCCUACAAUUGUGGUCCGCUGUACGCGACAGAUGACAAUGCAACACGAAGGGUUCAAGUAAAUCCGGUCAUCGACGAUCUACCCGAUUCUUCCAGCACGGGUGAAAUUAAUCGCAAGCAGUGCAUCUUCUUGCGUUACAUCACGCUGAGGCGACAUGGGCUAUUCCUACGCCACAUUGUCGCUGAUGGAUCAUCCCUAACCGGGCACCAGGAUGAUGAUUAUCCGGCUUGA